CUUUUGGAGAGCUCUCUUGACUGAAGAGGAUCGCUGAAGCAGGAAGGGUUAAAAUGGAUCAAGAUUUUUCCUCAGUGGAAAACCUCAUAAAAAACAUCAUCCAUGUCUUCAACCUGUACUCUGAUAGGUACCCUAUAGAAAUGACCCAAGAGCAACUGAAAGAGUUCAUUGUAAAGGAACUACCAAAUUUCGUCAAGAAGUCAGAGUUUUCGCAAGACCUGUUAAAGCAAUUGGACAAUAAGGAGAAGGAGGAGAAGUACAACCUUGAGGAGCUUUUCGCCCUGUUGGCAAGAAUGGCACAGACGUCCUAAGAGAAGAUGCACAGCAAUGCCUCCCUGCACCUGCCCGCCCAGUGCUACAGGGAAUGUAAUGUCACAGGCCUUGGUUGUGACCUGAGGGUCAGGGGAAAUAAAGUCUGUCUACAACAGUG